UCCACCGUCGACCGUUACACUGAUCGUUUGAUUUUAAACAUAUUUGUGAAUCUCAGCCAUAAAGAGUUAUUUAAUAAUACGGAACAAGUAUAAAUAGAGUCAUUUUACGUAACAUUAUCUAAGCUAAGCGUUUGUGUAAUCUGCUGGACUUAUCGUCGGAAUUGGGACAAUGCCGUCGGAGGUGAUAACUGACAAGUCUCUUCAGCGCGAGCUGGCCGACUCCAUCAUCAGGAUGGUACCUUUGGAUGAAAUACGUAUCCUACUGGCGUGUGGAGCGAAGGUCAACGAGCCAGUCACCCAAGGUCUCCGCCCUCUGCAUUACGCUAUCUGGCAGCGCAACCUGGAGGCGACUCGUCUCCUCCUGGUCCGAGGCUGUGAUAUCAACGCCACAGACGACUGUGGUUACAGCGCAUUACAUCUUUCUGCUGAACAUGGGUAUACAGAAUUAGUAAAACUUCUGCUGGAGUCAGGGGCAGCUGUCGACUACAGACCGGACACUGGCGAGGAGUUCCCCAGGACCACCUUAUGUGACGAACCUCUGAGGCUGGCCAUAAGGAACAAGCAUUACGCCGUGGCUCGUCUUCUUCUUGAACACGGGGCUGACCCUAACAAACGUUACUUCUUCGGCUCCGAGAUUAAUCUCGUAUCGGAUCCCGAAUAUUUAGAGCUGUUGUUGACCUUCGGAGCCAACCCUGACUCCAGGGACAGAGCUGGUCUGACACCGCUGAUGAAGGCUGCCAGGCAGAGAAAGGGUAUAGAGUCAGUGCUGUUGUUGAUCAGCUCUGGAGCUGAUGUGAACGCGGCGACGGACGCUCGCAGUGACUACAGGACUGUCAUGCACUAUGCUGUGCUCGGGGGCUGUACGGACGUGGUUAAUCUGUUAAUAAAGCAAGGAGCGAGGGUGAACUAUGAUCCUGACUACAACAAGCCCAGUCCCCUCGACCUCGCGAUACUCAAGGGAGACGUCGACAUGGUCAAAAUGUUGAUAGCGGCUGGAGCUAAGGUGAAUUCCUCCAGCUCUGUGAUCGGCACUCCGCUACACGUCGCCUGUUCUGACGGCAUCUCGCAGAGAAAGGAGUUAGUCAGGAUCCUCCUCGAGUCUGGUGCGGAUCCCAACCUGAAGGUGUACAAUGAGGAUGACGGCGCUCAGCUGCGACCGGCGCUGGCGGAACUGCUCGCUGGUGACCUGCAACCCUGCACGGACACCGUCAGGCUGCUGAUGAGAUAUGGAGCGAGGGUUAUAAUGAAAACUCAGUUCCGAGACCCGGACGGUAUACUGAACCACCUCCAGAACGUGACUUCAGUGGAGUCCCAGCACAUCUUCUAUCUCCUUCUAGAAGCUGCCGAAGCCUUCGACUUGUGUAUGAUAAAAAGAAAUAACAUCCUGCAACCAAAACAGAAACAGGCGUUGAUAGAUCGCGCCAAAACACCCAUCAGCCUGCUGGCUCAAGCCCGGAUAUUUUUCCGGAGAUUCUUCGGUCCGACAUUGAUUCAUGCGAUCAAAACCUUCGAAAUACCCAAAACUCUCCAAAGAUAUCUACUUUUCGAGUACAGUUAAACUAUACGAUAAAAAAUAUUGGUUUUUAUCAUUUUCGUAGAACGGAACGUUUCCUGUCACUUGACAUUUUAUUUGGUGCUGCCAUAACGCAGCUUGUGAGGCGUUGAGGGUAAUUUUUUUGAAAUAACAUAAAAAUUACUCGGAUUUUACUGUUUUAAGGAAAAAGAAAAUAUAAUUUACGCAGUAGUUAGUAGCUGUCGAUAAGCGCGCUACAAAUAGAAUUAGAAAUAUAUUUUGAAGAAAAACUUGUAUAAUUAAAAAAAACACGUUAUUUUUUUAUAUUGAGUUAUGAAAUAGUGUACUGAAAAGAUUUAUGUACAAUAUAUGUAAUGAAAUAAACAACUGAAUU